AGCUCUCGGCCAGCUUUGUAGGGCGGCCUAGCGUGCGCGCCAGGCCCGGCUGGAGCGAGCCCCAGUGCAGUACUGCCCGAGCCCGGGCGGGGUCUCUGUUCUCUGGCAGAGGAGGUCCCUUGGCAGCGGGAAGCUCCCUCUCUUUCUCUCGCCGCCGCUCGGAGUCUGCGCCCUGCUGCCAGGCGCCCAGCUCGGCGCUCCCCUGUGCUCGCCCGGCGCCCACUCAUUCGCAGCCCAGCCUUCGCCGCCGCCGCCUCCCUGCUCCUCCUCCUCCUUUCCCCAGCCCGCCGCGGCCAUGGCGGACAGCGCCAGCGAGAGCGACACAGACGGGGCGGGGGGCAACAGCAGCAGCUCGGCCGCCAUGCAGUCGUCCUGCUCGUCGACCUCGGGCGGCGGCGGCGGCGGCAGCGGCGGAGGAGGCGGUGGUGGUGGGAAGUCGGGGGGCAUUGUCAUCUCGCCGUUCCGCCUGGAGGAGCUCACCAACCGCCUGGCCUCCCUGCAGCAGGAGAACAAGGUGCUGAAGAUCGAGCUGGAGACCUACAAACUCAAGUGCAAGGCGCUGCAGGAGGAGAACCGCGACCUGCGCAAAGCCAGCGUGACCAUCCAAGCCAGGGCUGAGCAAGAGGAAGAAUUCAUCAGUAACACUUUAUUCAAGAAAAUCCAGGCUUUGCAGAAGGAGAAAGAAACCCUUGCUGUAAAUUAUGAGAAGGAAGAAGAGUUCCUCACUAAUGAGCUCUCCAGAAAAUUGAUGCAGUUGCAGCAUGAGAAAGCUGAACUAGAACAGCAUCUUGAACAGGAGCAGGAAUUCCAGGUCAACAAACUGAUGAAGAAAAUUAAAAAACUGGAGAAUGAUACCAUUUCUAAGCAGCUUACAUUAGAACAGUUGAGACGAGAGAAGAUUGACCUUGAAAAUACUUUGGAACAAGAACAAGAAGCGCUAGUUAAUCGUCUCUGGAAAAGGAUGGACAAACUUGAAGCUGAAAAGCGAAUCCUGCAGGAGAAAUUAGACCAGCCGGUCUCUGCUCCCCCGUCGCCUAGAGACAUCUCCAUGGAGAUAGACUCUCCAGAAAACAUGAUGCGCCACAUCAGGUUUUUAAAGAAUGAAGUGGAAAGGCUGAAGAAGCAGCUGAGAGCCGCUCAGUUACAGCAUUCUGAGAAAAUGGCCCAGUACCUGGAGGAGGAGCGCCACAUGCGGGAGGAGAAUCUGCGGCUGCAGAGGAAGCUGCAGCGGGAGAUGGAGCGGAGGGAAGCCCUGUGCCGGCAGCUCUCCGAGAGCGAGUCCAGCCUGGAAAUGGAUGACGAAAGGUAUUUUAACGAGAUGUCUGCCCAAGGAUUAAGACCUCGCACUGUGUCCAGCCCGAUCCCUUACACACCGUCUCCGAGUUCAAGUAGGCCCAUAUCACCCGGUCUAUCAUACGCAAGUCACACAGUUGGUUUCACGCCACCAACUUCACUGACUAGAGCCGGAAUGUCUUACUACAAUUCCCCGGGUCUUCAUGUGCAGCAUAUGGGAGCAUCCCAUGGCAUCACAAGGCCUUCACCACGGAGAAGCAACAGUCCUGACAAAUUCAAGCGGCCCACGCCGCCUCCGUCUCCCAACACACAGACCCCGGUCCAGCCCCCUCCGCCUCCACCUCCGCCCCCCAUGCAGCCCGCGGCCCCUUCAGCAGCCACCUCGCAGCCCGCCCCUUCGCAACACCCAGUGCACCCCUCGUCCCAGCCUUAAUGCAUGUGCUUAGUCCGCAUCUCAUGUUGGGACUCGUACAGCGGAGCCGUCUACUCAACGCCAAAGGCUUCCUCCCCUGGCAUUUUUGGAUCUGACUGAUUUGCACUGAGGUUAUCUAGGCUUCACUAUUAAUUGUGUUGUGUUUGUCGGAAGCGCAGCCAGUGUUGUGGGUCUACAACACUAAACGACUUUUUCCAUCAGUGUUUUACUUGAAUCUACAUGUACGUCCAUUCCCUGGCUGGAACAUUUGCUAUUCAAUAUUUGGUAAUUCAGCAGCAGUGUGCAAUUUUUGCUUGGCCCCAGAGCUUCAUUUUCCUGGCUUUUAGGUUUGUAAAAUAAAAAGGGAUAUCUUUUUUAUAUUUUUUUUUUCAUGAAUUUGCAGAAAAUUACUGAGCUGUUACCUCUCCUCCCCGUCCCCAUUAUAAUGGUGUUUACCAAACAUACCAAUAAUUCAGCACUACAAUUCAGACCUUUGAAAGUCUAGCUUUCGGUGUAGAAUGGAAAGUUAGAUGCGUCAGUGCCCAAGACAAUAUACUCUUUAAUAGAGCUUUCUAUAGAUACACUUUUUAUAGGUUACUUUCAGUAUCUGUCAACAUCCAUGUCUCUUGUGAAACAGACUAAAAGUAAUGGGUCACAUGGCUGUACCUUUUCCACAUACACGUGGGAUGGUUAAUUAGUGUAUAUUAAGGUGUGAUUCCUUCCUUAUCUUUAGUGUUAACCUACCCAGAUGGGCUCUCCAACACGAGUCAGUAAAUGUUGUCCUGCCCACCAGUGGUUUUGAUGGUGGAUUAGAACACACUCUUUGAUAUCUGCUGCAGAAAGCAACGUGAUUGUAACAAAAACAGCUGUUUUCCCCUUUCCAUUCUUCAUGUUCCCCCAAGAUAGAGUUUGAACAAAUAUUUUAAAGGUGCAAAAUACUAUUAGAAAGUACUAUUUGAAAUGAACAUUAUAGGAAUAUCAUGGCCUAAUGGCCACAGAAUCCUUUAUUGCUUGGCAGAAAAGACCAGAGGUGAGCGGAAAGGAGCCCCUUAGCCCGAGCACUCGUGCUGCCCAGUAUCAGCAAGUGCGGUGUACAAACACGUAUACUCUGAAUACAUCAUUUCCAUUCAUUUAGCACAAAUAAAUCGUUUGGUUUCACUUGGAAGUGGAACACUGUGAGUCACUCUUUUCUUAAUACUUGCAACAUCUUUAUUUUUGCUUUUCAGCAGUAACUGUUUUGUACUUUGGUAGUAGAGUGAUUUUUACCACCUGUGUUUGCAUAUUUAUAUAUGCUGUGGACGAAAAUAACUUACUAGAGAAUGUAUAUUUUAUGAUGAGAAUGUGUAUCUGUUGGAUAUAAUCAGAGAACUGAAAAUUAAUUUAUCAGUAAUUUUUAAGAGUCCAUGUUUUGUGACACCCAUCUCUAAUAGCUAGCUCUUUAUUGAACACACUCCUAAAAAUAAGGAACCGUGACAUUGUAGAUAUUUGAUAGUGUACAGUAUAGAAACUUCCGUCUUUGCCUUCGAAUGCAUAUUUAAAAAUUACAGAAUGAAGCAAGUCUUGUCGGAAAAUAGUGUUUGACUAGCAUUUUAAGAACUUGAGAGUAAAAGCAACAAUAGGAUUUUUCACCUCUUCCUGCUUCCACCCCUAACUCCCCAAUUGGUCGAUCUAAAUUUUAUUUAUACUCUGUAUGUGAUAUACAUAAUCAUAGUACAGUUCUCAAAUAAGAGGAAGAAGUUUGGCCUUUCGUUAUCGAGGCUUUAGGUUUUUAAUUUGAUCAGACGGGGUCCUGGCAAACCCAGGGACCUCACCAACAGCCCGUUGCCCCUCCUGGUACAUUGCCAUUCCGAGGAAUUCUGAGAGGAGGCAAACCCAUUUUGCCUUCAUGGUACAGUUCUUGGUUUUUUUCAUAGGAGAAGUACGGUCUAUGUUUACAAGACUCUUUCGCGAGCUGAUAGAAUUCAGUGCUGUCGGAUAGUGGCUCGCACGCAGCAGAGAAUGUCCGUAAUGUAACAAGCUUCCCUUCGCUUCCUGCCAAUAGUGUUACCUCCCGAAAGCACAAAAGUCGCGACAUUGCCGUAUGGUGAAUGGAAAAGCACUUGGCGUGAGCAAACCGUUGCUGACAAAUGCCUUCUAGAAACAGGUUCUUGACUUUCAGACUUUGCAGAAAUGGAGUGCUGGUUCCCCCAGACUCGUCAUUUCAUUUCAAAAUAAAACACAGCUCCUUCAGACAGCACUUUGUCAACAUAAAUGAGUUGCCUCUCCCUGCAGACCUUCAGAAUUGAUAGAACAAACACUACUCUUUAGAAUCUAUGCUGUUUCAGGUUCUUCUCAAGUGGUUUCUGACCCCGGGUGCCAUCCGUCAACGCACGGGCAGUACACGUGCCAGGGACCCAUCAGAUUCAGACCCCCAGCCCGUGGAGGCAGGAGUCCCCUCACCCAUGGGAAGCUGACUUACCAUGGGUGCUUCUCGGUGGGGGCUGAAUAUGGUUCCUGCCAUUCCUGUGGCCCACGUGCCCAGGGGCACCCUGGAGUGAUUCCCUGAAGGCCUCUGUCCAGUCAGGACCUGGCCCGAGGGCAGGCGGGCGCACCAGGAGCUUCUAGGAGCUUCCUUUCCCUGUCUUGUGGACAGAGACCCUUGGCUACCACUGUGCUGCUAAUAGGAUAAGUACUCUGUUGCCAGAUUACCAUGCCUUUUAUAUGAAACCAAAUUAACUUCUCUAAUACCUGACACCUCUGGGCUCUGAACUGCUUUCUCUCAUCAAGCGUGCUGGCAUUCUGGACAGAAUUCUAGAAAUUUGGCAGAUGGUGGAAGUAUUGGAAGAUUUAAUUUAACUUGCUCCUUGUUAAUUGAAAGGAGUUUUAAAUUCUGAGCUCCUGAGAUACUGAGCACAACCAUGGGACAAGUGUGUGACCAGAAUGUGGCUUUGGCACCGAGUGCUGCUGUCCCUUGGUAAUUGGCUUCUAACUGAUUUGACCAGAGAUCAUUGAUAAUGUGAAUUUUUGUUAACUGUUCAAUUGUAGGAAAAUAGACUAUGUAUCGCCCUCUGUUAGGUAGACAUGAACUUCUCCUGCACGAAGCCUUGCUUAUAGAGGAAGCCCAAUAAGGCAAGAAAAAGCGUAGUAACUUGUGCUUCGAGAGCGCAGUCUUUUUAUCUUACCAGUACGGAAGAAUCGUUUCUAUGUAACUUGAUCUUCUGUCUAGUACUUGUCUUAUAGGUAACCAACACGGAAAACUUUGUAGUGGUAACUACCAAAGAAAUACAUAGUAAAAACAACCUUUGAUUUCCAAAUUUAUUAAAGAGCCAGCCAUUGACGCUGCUACGCGAGUUCCAUGCUCGAGAGCCAUUGUGAGAUUAAGGGGUUUUUAGGUUUUUCAUUUCUGGUUUCUUGUUUUCUCUUUUCUACCUUUUUCUUAAACACACACACACAGCUGUUAGCAUGACACUAUGGGGAGCAUUUUCCAGAAUGCUUGGCAUCCUGGUUAACGGCCAGGCCCCGGGUGCCUCUCAAAAGGCAGUGGGAGGAAGCCUAUGUUCAGGAUCGCGUGGGCGCCGUGUGUGUGCGUGUAUGUGUGCAUUCAUGCCUUAACUCGGGUUACUGCUCAACUUCACUUCUUGACUUGGUCUGCACCGUCAUCGAGAUUGUAGCGUACAUCUGGAUCUGAACUUCAUCUUGGCAAAAACAAAGUUGCAGGCACAUCAGUUUAAAAGAAUGCAUUCCUCUGGAAGAGGUUUGGAUCAGGUCGACCCUGAGCCGUUGGACUUUAUUUGGAACUCAGCAUGGAAAGCAAAAGUGGACUGUCAAGUGGAAAGACAUCAACAAGGAAGAGAGGAGAGCCAAGUGCUAGCAUGUCUUUGCCUCUGCAUCUCCGUGCACACUGUAUGUUCAUGGUAGCUUGUUUACAACUUGACUAGGUUGGAAUUCUGGUAAUAGUGGCAAUCUUGACAUUCUUGGUCAGAGUUUAGAGAGAUGUAAGACUUCCAAUUAAUGUCUUAUUUCCUUUAUGUUGAUUAGUCUUUGAUACAUGUGCUGAAUCAGAAACCUAAAUAAAGAUAAUUUUUUAAAAUGCA